AUGCCCAACAUCUUCACUUGGAUCUUGUUCUCUGUCCGAGACUGCUUGGGGCAAGGCGGCUUCGAAAAGCUUAGCAACUUGGUGCAGUGGUCCAAAUGUUUGUUUCUGGCCAAGCUAGGCAGCAAGUACCUGCUCCUGCUGAUGGCCUUGCGAAUGGCUGGCGCAUGGCUUUGGCCGCCACUGACAGUGGUCAAAGAUGCGGACGGGUGGCCAAUGGUGCGGAGCCUGACGCCACAGGAGAGAGGCGAGUGCUCCAAGGAUUCCGGUGCUUCCAAAGUCGAAGCUGUCACCCUAAACCCUAAACCCUAA